AUGUCAAUCAUUUUAGUCGAAACAAUGUCAUUGGACUUUCGUACGAGCCCAACAUCUCUCGUCUUCUUAUUUAUAUACCUCUUUUUUCCUCCUCUCUUUUUAGCCUUACACCUUUCGUAUUUCUUUCUUUCUUUCUUUCCUGGUCUUCUUAUUUAUAUACCUCUUUUUCCUCCUCUCUUUUUUAGCCUUACACCUUUCUUUCUUUCUUUCUUUCUUUCUUUCUUUCUUUCUUUCUUUCUUUCUUUCUUACGUCUUCUAUUGCACUCCCCCUUUUCAUUUCUAUGCCUCUCUCCAGCCCUCCUGUUUAGCCACACAGUUUUCUUUCUUUCUUUCUUUCUUUCUUUCUUUCUUUCUUUCUUUCUUUCUUUCUUUCUUUCUUUCUUUCUUUUUCUUUCCCAGCCCUCCUGUUUAGCCACCUUUCUUUCUUUCUUUCUUUCAUUCAUUCUUUCUUUCUUUCUUUCUUACGUCUUCUAUUGCACACCCCCUUUUCAUUUCUAUGCCUCUCUCCAGCCCUCCUGUUUAGCCACACAGUUUUCUUUCUUUCUUUCUUUCUUUCUUUCUUUCUUUCUUUCUUUCUUUCUUUCUUUCUUUCAUUCAUUCUUUCACCUUAUUCUUCUUCUUCAUAUUAUCAACGCGGCUAUUCAACCUAGCAUUUCCUUACAUUUCUCCUUUUCAAGUCACACACUGAUCAUUUGUGACCAAGACAUCCUCAAUCUUCUUUUUACGGCAGUCAGGGUGAGCAUAAACGAUUUAAGGAUCUAUCUAUCUAUCUAUCUAUCUAUCUAUCUAUCUAUCUAUCUAUCUAUCUCAGUUUUUUUCAUAUCUAUCUAUCUAUCUGUCUAUCUAUCUAUCUAUCUAUCUAUCUAUCUAUCCGAGUCUUUUAAUUCAAUGAAUCUAUCUAUCUAUCUAUCUAUCUAUCUAUCUAUCUAUCUAUCUAUCUAUCUAUCCGAGUCUUUUAAUUCAAUGAAUCUAUCUAUCUAUCUAUCUAUCUAUCUAUCUAUCUAUCUAUCUAUCUAUCCGAUUUUUUUUCAUAUCUAUCUAUCUAUCUAUCUAUCUAUCUAUCUAUCUAUCUAUCUAUCUAUUAUCUAUUAG